GAGAAGUGUAGUCAGUUUAAAGCUGUGAGUGGACAGGAGACAUGGACGCUGGUCUUUUGGUUUUAUUUCUGCUGCUCAAUGUCACCACUGCUUACAAAAGCCGCACCUCCACUCUUCCCUCCUCGAGGAUGCCAGAAGGGUCAAAUAUCACAGCCAGUGGACUUUUGAUAUCAUCGACGCAACCUAGCGACCCUUCAACUUCUUUUCCGGUCGACCAGUCCACCAAAGCCUCAUCGGGACGCCAGCAUGUGACCUCCUCAUCGUCAUUGCUGAAGCAGAGUCAAGGGUCGUCUGGCACCGCUGUGAUCUUUUCCAUGCGCAACACAUCCACCACUAAGACGCUGCCUACCACCACACGUCUUUCGCCGCGCACAUCAGAGACCCUGACGCGACUGCCAUUGAGGUCUAGAAAGCCACCUGACUUGUCACGCGGGUCACAUGACCUUAGAUUGAAGGUGACUGACAGCACCUCAACUGUCGAACCACCAACAUCAGCAGGUCGGCAAGCAUGGUCAGCAAGCGUCAAGCCCACGCUAGCCCUGCCCACAACUGUGAAACCCGCAACAGCAACUGAAGUCAGUGGACUGCUUUUAACAACACUUGUUAGUACGCAUUCAACUUCACCUGAAACCACAUCCUCAACCUCACCUGUGACCAUGCCUUCAACCUCACCUGCACCCGAAACCACCCCUCCAACAACACCCGCAACCACACUCUCAACCUCACCAGUGAAUGUGCCUUCAACUUCAUCUGUGACCGUGCCUUCAAGCGCAACUAUAAUCAUGGCUUCAAUCUCACCUCUACCUCUGAGCACAUCUUCAACCUCACCUGUAACCAUGCCUUCAACCGCAACUAUAAUCAGUGCUUCCAACUCACCUGUAACCAUGCCUUCAACAACACCUGUAACAAUGCCCUCAACCUCACCUGUGAGAAUGCCUUCAACAACACCUGUAAGUAUGCCUGCAACUUCACGUGUAACAAUGGUUUCAAACUCACCUGUGACAGUGCCUUCAACAACACCUGCAAAGAUGCCUUCGACAACACCCGUGACCAUGCCUUCAACCGCAACUAUAAUCAUGGCUUCAAACUCACCUGUAACCACACCUUCAACAACACCUGUAACCAUGCCUUCAGAAACACCUGUAGCAAUUAAUUCAACCUCACCAGUAACCUCAACCUCACCUGUAACCACACCUUCAACAACACCUGGAGCAAUUAAUUCAACCUCACCAGUAACCUCAACCUCACCUAUAACCAUGCCUUCAACCGCAACUAUAAUCACGGCUUCAAACUCGCUUGACACCACACCAUUAACAACACCUGAAAACACACCUUCAACCUCACCUAUACUUGUAGCCAAACCUUUAACAACACCUGUAACCACACUGUCAACUUCACCUGUAACCGUGCCUUUAACAACACCUAUAACCACGCCUUCAACUUCACCCAUACCUGUAACCAAACCUGGAGCAGCACUGUCAACGUCACCUGUAACCAAACCUUUAACAACACCUAUAGCCACGCCUUCAACUUCACCUGUACCUGUAGCCGCACCUUCAACACCACCUGUGAGGACGGCGUCAAGCUGCUCCGCUAAUUUUACGCUGGUGAAGGCCACAGCUAACUCAAUCGUGCUGACCUUCAGCACGCCACAGUUGUGCUCGAGCUUCACAGUGGCAACGCACAACAACGUCGGCGACUGUGAGCCAACCGGGCGUCUCAGUGAUGCUUUCACCUGUGAAAUCGAGUCGCUCGAGGCAGGGACUUUGUACCACCUGAGCGUCACCUCUGCUGUGAAUGGAGGGGGAGGCAACGUGUCAGUGCGCACAGAGCCACUUGGUCCGACUCAGCUUGAAGUCCACAAGGAUCCGAAUGACUCAUCAGGCCUGCUGGUAUCCUGGUCUCCGUCCAAGGGUCAUGUGGACUGGUAUGACGUCAUUCUAGAGGACUCUGGGUCUGGAUCUAUCCGCAGGAUGCGUGUAUCGGGACGCGCGCCCUGCCGAUCGGCCUUCGGGUCUCUAGUCCCUGGCACUCGGUACAAGGUGGCCGUAGUCGUUACAGCCGGCGGGAAGAGGGCAGCACCUGUGCACGUGUUGGCAUAUACAGCUCCCGCCCCCGUGUCCAACUUGAAACUGGAAAACAACGGCAGCACCAACCAGCUGCGUGCCACCUGGCUGCCACCUGCAGGGGGCGUCAACUUCUACCACGCGACACUGUCAGCCAAUGGCUCCGCCCCCCUGCAACUGCACCUGAGUCCAAAUAUGACCCAGGCAGUUUUCCCAGACCUGACCCCAGGGCGCCACUAUCAGCUAUUACUGCGCACCCAAACAGAAGGAGGCACUGCCGAGGCCAGGACUAGCAUGGCAACAGUUCCUGACGCAGUGUCGGCGUUGUCUGCUCGGCCACUGUCUGACGGCACUGCGUUGAGUCUCACUUGGACGCCCCCCAAUGGCGACUGGGACAACUACAGUGUGUUGCUGUGGAACGGCUCCGUGGUUCUGCGUAACGAAACCGUCAGCAAGCUGAGCAGGCGCUAUGUAUUCUUUGUCACCAGCCUGGGCCUGGUACCAGGUCGAGCCUACGGCGUGGCGGUCACGGUGCACAGUGGGACUCUGAGUAACACGGUGCGCUGUCAAGAACAGCUAGCCCCUCAGCCCGUUCAGCAGCUUCUCAUUCAUCAUGUCGAUGAGUCCACCAUCAGCGUCCAGUGGCAUAGUCCCCUCGGCGAGUGGGAUGGCAUCAUGGCUGUCCUCCAACCAGCCAAUACGGACUCAAUCUUAGCUCAGAAGCUUCUCCCCCAGGAGGCUGGCGGGUGCACCUUUAGUGAGCUCACAUCAGGACGCCAGUACACCAUCACCGUGACAACCAGUAGCAGCAACCUGAGUAGCUCCACCUCUAUCAACACAUGGACCACUCCGUCUCAGGUAAACAGGCUGCAGGUUUCUAACUUGGGAAGCACCAAGAGCCUCCUGGCUCAGUGGGAUCAGGCUAGCGGGGACCUGGACAUGUACCUGGUCCUGCUGGUCCAUGAAGGCAGUGUCAUCAAGAACGAGAGCGUGGCAGUGGAUGCCACCAGUCUCAGCUUCCAUGACCUGAGGCCCGGUGCCCUCUACAAGGUGGUGGUGACUACUGUCCGAGCAGGACGUACAUCCAGGCAAUCUGUGGCUGAGGGACGCACGGUCCCCGCUGCCGUUGGCGAGGUAACUGUCAGUAACAACGGCCGCAUGGACUUCCUGAGUGUGUCAUGGCGUGCCGCUCCGGGUGAGGUGGACAGUUACUUGGUGACCCUGAGGGACCAAGACAAGACACUUCACACACUCGUUGUCUCCAAAUCAAGUCAUGGGUGCGUUUUUAACUCACUCGUGUCCGGUCGCCUCUACAACAUCUCUAUCGGCACUCGCAGCGGAACCUUCCAGAACUACACCUCGGUCCUAGAGAGGACACAACCCUCAAAAGUCCAGAACCCUACAGCGAUACACGGGGCCCGUGACGACUUCCUGAAGGUGUACUGGCAUCCUGCUUCUGGAGACUUUGACUUGUAUCAGGUGUCCAUCAAGCACAACAAUGUUGUGUUGCAGAACCAGACAGUGCCAAAGACGCAAAAUGAGUGCGUCUUUCACAAUCUGGUACCGGGUCGACUCUACACGGUAACAGUGAGCACCUGGAGCGGGACCUACGAGACCAGCGCCUCCACCCAUGGUCGCACCUUCCCAGCGGCUGUGCGCUCCUUGUACAUCGCCAAGCGGACCUCAGAGGACAUUCGGGUGGCAUGGUUGGCAGCCCCGGGUGAUGUGGAUCACUACGAGGUGCAGCUGCUUUUUAACGACAUGAAAGUGUUCCCUCCACUCACCCUUGGUAGCAGCGUGGGGGAGUGUGUGGUGUCUUCGCUCACACCUGGACGCCUCUACAAGAUCCUGGUGUCCACCUUCAGUGGCCCCAACCAGAGGACCCAGUUCAUCGAGGGCCGCACAGUUCCCAGUCAAGUAAAGAACAUCCACGUGAGCAAUGGUGGCGACAGCGGCAGUCUGAAGGUGAGCUGGACGCCGGGUCAAGGCGAUGUAGACAGGUACAUCGUGGUUCUGUACAGACAGAACCGUCAACUGGACGUACGGCCCGUCCUGAAACAACAGAAUCAGGUAGUCUUUGGCUCGCUGCAGCCCGGUCAGCUUUAUGGAUUGACUGUGCAGGCGGUCAGCGGCGAGCUCUGUAACAAUGACACGACCUACGGGCGCACAGUCCCGUCAGCUGUGACAGCACUGCAGGUGGACAACCCGACGGGUACCAGCAGCCUGCAGGUGAGCUGGCAGGUAGCUGCAGGUGUAUCUGACGGCUACUUCCUGCAGCUGCUUGAUGAACGAGGCAACGUCUUAGUAAACGCCACGCUGCCCCCCACAUGCACCCGGCACAUGUUUGACAGUCUCACCCCGGGAAGGAAGUACCGCCUUCUGGUACAGACCAUCAGCGGGGAACUCCAAAGCACUGGGGUCAGCGCCCGAGCUUGCACACGCCCUGCGGCUGCAACUCAUCUGACACUCGAGAGCAACACCACUACCAGCCUAUCCUUCCAGUGGAAUCGGCCAGUGGGUCACUUUGAUUCGUACGACAUCUUACUCUACAGCCAUGACAACACCUUGCACGAGCGACACCGUGUUCCGCCUUCCAGCCAGCACUGCUCUUUCGAGGGCCUCCGACCCGGUUCCGCAUACAAGAUGGUGGUCGUGACACGAAGUGGCGAGCAGAGUAAUGACUCCAGCCUGUGGGCCAGAACAGUCCCGGCAGCUGUCACGUCACUGCAGAUUCAGAGCGGAAACCAGUCGGACCGCCUGCAGGUCAACUGGAGACAGGGCGAGGGUGACAUGAGUAGUUACCUCCUGACGCUCUAUGCCCCCGAUGGCUCACUGCGGGUGCAGAAACAGCUACCGUCAGAGGUCACAGAGUUCAUUUUCAGCGACCUCAAGCCCGGCCAACUGUACCGCGCUGAGGUGCUGAGUCGCAGUGGCGAUCUAACGAAUGGCGCCAGCGUCCAGGGCCGAACAGCUCCCAGACCGCCAAGGUCAUUCCUGUUUGGAGGGGUGACCAACACCUCCUUGGAGGUCACAUGGACAACCCCCCUUGACUCUGACUACGACGACUUUGACCUGCAGUGGACGCCGCUAGACAAGGUGACCAUCAUCAACCCGUACGAGAGUCGCACAUCCGGCAGUCGGAUCCUGAGAGGGAUGUUCCCUGGACGCCUUUACAACUUCACCCUACGUGCCGUCAGUGGCGCCACACAGCUCGGCGCGCUGCCUUCCUACAGCCUGCCUGUCCAACGCAGCAUCCGCACCAAACCUUCGCCUGUUCAUGGCCUGCACUGCCGCCCUCAGAGCUCUACCUCCAUUUCCUGCUCCUGGGUGCCCCCGGAGGCCGAGUUUGACUCCUACACCAUUGAGUGCGUGCACAAGGGCUCACAGAGUCUGGUCUACUCACGCCGCACGGGCCGCCUUUCCACCGCCUAUGUCAUCAGUCAGCUGGAGCCCCACAAGCGCUACACUGUUUGGGUCAAGGUCAUCUCUGACACCACCACUAGCGAGGCGGCGCAGGACAAUGCGGUCACCAUGAUUGACCGUCCUCCCGUGCCGCCCCUCAGCACUCGGGUGGACUUCACGUCAGCGCUAGUCACCAAGUCGUCAAUCUUCUUCACGUUCAAUUGCAGCUGGUUCAGCGAUGUCAACGGUGCCGUCAAGUUCUUCACCGUGCUUGUGACUGAGUCAGAAGGUGUGGACGGUGAGCAUCCAGACCAGCGCCACCCACUGCCCUCCUAUGUGGACUACAGCUCCAACAAUUCUAUCAAGUCCUACCAGACGGCCGUCUUUGCCAGCAGCUCCAGCGACACUUGCAGCUUUGACAUUACUUUGGGGACAGGAAUGGACUCACUGGGGGGAUCCUGUGACCGCCCAGACCUGCACUCUGAUCUACGGGCCGGUAUACAGCACUUCUGUGAUGGACCGCUCAAACCCCAAACCGCAUACAGGCUCAGCGUUCGAGCAUUCACACAACUCUUUGACGACUCUUCUCCGCCAUUGUACGCCGACACCUUCCUGUCGCAACCUGUCGUGACAGCAGCAGACCCUCUUAGCGGCAUCAUAGAAGGUAUCAGUGCCGCUGUCAUCCUGAUGGCCAUCAUUGCAGUAGCUGCAGCGCUGCUUGUCUGCAGGCGCAACGCACGCAAAGUUGUGCAGGAGAGAGCAGCGGUCGACAUGUGUGUGAGGCGAGAACGACCGUCACCACGGUGUCACCUGGGGGUUAGAGGGAAGCGUCGUCACAUGUUCAGUCCCAUCAGUGUGGCUGACUUUGAGCGUCACUACAACAAACUUCAGGCCGACGCCCGCUUUCUGCUUUCUGGCGAGUAUGAGAACCUGAAAGAUGUCGGUCGAAACCAACCGUUGGACUCAGCCCUGCUACCGGAGAACCGCGGCAAGAACCGAUAUAACAACAUCCUGCCCUACGACUCAACGAGAGUGAAGCUGUCAUAUGUGGAUGAUGACCCCUGCUCGGACUACAUCAAUGCCAGUUACAUCCCUGGAAAUAACUUCCGUCGGGAGUACAUUGCCACCCAGGGGCCGCUGCCAGGAACCAAAGAUGACUUCUGGAAGAUGGUGUGGGAGCAAAACGUGCACAACGUGGUGAUGGUCACCCAAUGCGUUGAGAAAGGCCGGGUCAAGUGUGAUCACUACUGGCCUCAGGACCAUGACCCCCUUUACUAUGGAGACCUGAUUGUCCAGAUGCUGUCUGAGUCGGUUCUUCCUGAGUGGACCAUUCGAGAGUUCAACAUCUGCAGCGAGGAUGAUCUGAGGUCCAUCCGGCUUGUUCGGCACUUCCACUUCACCGUGUGGCCCGAUCACGGGGUCCCAGACACCACCCAAUCCCUGGUGCAGUUUGUCAGAACUGUCCGAGACUACGUCAACAGGAGUCCUGGUUCUGGUCCCACCGUGGUCCACUGCAGUGCUGGUGUGGGUCGUACAGGGACCUUCAUCGUUCUGGAUCGUGUUCUGCAGCAGUCGGACAGCUCGGACACGUUGGACAUUUAUGGAUGCGUCUUUGAACUCCGGCUUCACCGCUCACACAUGGUGCAGACAGAGCGUCAGUACGCGUUCCUCCACCAGUGUGUCCGUGACGUGUUGCGAGCCAGGAAAUUGUGUCACGAGCAGGAUGACAUGGUCGUGUAUGAAAAUGUCAACUUGAGCGAGAGGCUGUGUGUGCGACAUUCAGACAAUUUCAUCUUCUGAGACUGUAUGUUCAAUUAAUUGUGCAUGGACAUGGGCCUCACGGCGACGUUGCGGUUAGCAUGUUUGCCUCACAGUCCUGAGAUAUGGGUUAAAAUCUCCUUAGGAAAAUCUCAGUGUGUGGAGUUUCUCGUGCCUGAGUGGGUUUUCUCCUCCCACAUCCCAAAAACAUGCACAUUGGGUUAUUUGAAGACUCCAAAUUGUCCAUCGGUGUGAAUGUGAGUGUGAAUGGUUAUUUGUGUAUGUGUACUGUGAUUGACUGGUGACCAGUUGAGGAUGUACCCAACCUCUCACUCGCUGGGAUAGGCUCCAGUCCUCCCCAUGACCCUAAUGAGAAGGCCUAUAGAAAAUGAAUGAAUGGAUAAGGACGCUUAUGUGUACAUGUUGUGGUUGAUUGUAAUGCGUUUUUUUUUUGCACAUUGCUGUUCAAAGUUUUAAAAAGAUUCACAGCUUUAUAUAUAGUUUUAUAUAUUUUAUUUAUCAGGCAAAGUAUAAUCGUUAUUUUUAUAUUAUAUAAAGAUGUAUUAUGUGUUGUAUUUUCAUUAGAUGUAAAUGUGACUUUUUUUGUCUCUUUUAAUAA